AAAUUUCAGCUGAAAGUUAAAUGAAAAUUUUGUAAAAAUAUCUGAAAACUUGUCGCUUAGAUCCCUAAGAACUUUAGUGGAAUUUCCAAGCGACUGCAUGCGAGCAAUGUGUGAAGCAGAUUCAGGAUGUGUUCCAAAAGGUUGCGACGAGGACAUUCAUGGAAGGUAUGGAUGCGGCUAUUUUCGACUCAACAUCUAUCACUAUAAACAAUGUUAUCAGCCGGGUAAAGAAGACGACCAGGAUGAGGAAGAGGCAUGGUUAACGUGCGCCGAAAAUUAUGAGUGCUCUCAGGAAUGCCUACGGCGACUAAGUAAUCGUUAUAAAGUGAAAUGCUAUGGAAAAAGUGACUGCGAAACUUUAGCAAGAAUCCAUGAUGGCGGUGCUAAUGGCUGCCGGUCAAAGGAUACAUUACCCUACUGGAAUAUUGUCAAACAAAAAUGUCCCCACUGCUGAAAUCUGUGAAUUCUCUGCAGAUAUUUAAUGAUACUUGGAC